AUGCCACAUAACUCAUUCCAGUACGUGUCAGAUGAUGACUUAUUCGACGAUAUAGAUACUGUACACCCAGCCACAUCAGAUUUGGAGGAAAACAACAGCCAAGGAUACCACUACCAAUUGCCGACUGAUAGAGUACCUUCCCAGAGUGAAGCAAGUCUGUCUCUGGCUCACUCGGGUCGAGGCCAAUUCAACAGACACAUACAGGAAAGUUAUAGAUACCCAACCAACUCCUCAUUUGGCACAGUUGUUGGUGACAGCUACCAUAAUAAGUACGAUGAUGGUGAUGAUGUUGACGAGGAUGAUGACAUGUUUGACUAUGAUGCACCAAAACGGGAAAAAACGGUAUCUUUCAACAAUGACUUGAAAUAUCCCCCUCUUGCAUAUAACCCUGGUUUGGAUAAUCCAUUUUAUGAAAACUAUGAAGAUUACGGUACAGGUCACGAGCCCUUGGUUUACAAUAUGAACAACCCUGCAUUCUCAACUGGUGAAGAUUACCUCAUAAACCCACUUGUAGACGCAGAGUAUGAAGACGACGAGGAUUUCGAUAUAUAUGGCGAUGAAGAUAGUUUGUUUUCGGGAGACGAUGAUGAUAUUUUACGCAGAAACACCACGAUAAAUAGAGGCAGGGGUGGCAAUUCUAUUAAAAGGACCAAAAGUCGAGGAUCAACAAUUACAUUUGACGACGAUGAAAAGGGGUUCAACUUGAAGUAUACAAAGACAAUCAAGAAGGCCAAGCUAAUCAAUGGUAACUACAUUAUUGACGCUCCAGCGCCAAAAGCUUUGCUCAGCACCUAUUGUAAAAAAGUUGGCGAUAUUGGUAGAGAAAUGUCCUUUAUGAGGUAUACUGCUGCUACUUGUGGACCAUCCAAUUAUACCAAAUUCCAAUACAACUUGCGCCAAGCACUUUAUGAGCCUCGCCGAGAAACAGAAAUAAUGGUUUGUAUCACCAUGUACAAUGAGGAUGAAAUACUAUUAGCAAGGACAUUGAAGGGGAUCUUUGACAAUAUAGAAGAUUUGAGAAAGAGAUCCGACUCAACUUGGGGUGAAGAUUCAUGGAAAAAAGUUGUCAUUUGUAUUGUUAGUGAUGGGCGAAUUCAUUUAAACAAAAGAACCCAGGUUCUUUUAUCGGCACUCGGGUUGUUUCAAGAUGGAUAUGCCAAAUCCAAAAUCAACGACAAGCCGGUGAAGGCGCACAUUUAUGAAUACACCUCCACUGUUGGGAUUGACACCAUCAACGAUCAUGUACAUCUUACCCCCAAUUCGAUGCCGGUGCAGUUCUUGUUUUGCUUAAAGGAGAAAAACAGUCGAAAGAUUAACUCCCAUCGUUGGUGUUUCCAAGCGUUUGCACCUAUAUUGAAUCCCAAAGUGGUGAUGCUUUUGGAUUGUGGUACUAAACCGUCAAAAGACGCGUUCUUUUAUCUUUGGCGAGCAUUUAAAGACCCUAAUGUUGCUGGUGCUUGUGGUGAGAUGAGAGCAUCAUUGGGAACAGGCAAACGUUUAUUGGCAAAUCCGUUAGUUGCUGCUCAAAACUUUGAGUACAAGAUAUCCAACAUCUUGGAUAAACCGAUGGAGAGUGUGUUUGGGUUUAUAUCGGUGUUGCCAGGAGCUUUUAGUGCUUAUCGAUACGAGGCGCUUUUGAACGUCAAUGGUAAAGGUCCGUUGGAAAAGUAUUUUAAAGGCGAGUAUUUGGAUUUGAGUAGUCAAGUAAAUGACCCCGACGACGAUGAAAAAGAGAUUAAGGAGCGGAAUUUCCAAGAAGCCGGUAUCUUUACAUCAAAUAUGUACUUGGCCGAGGAUAGAAUUUUGUGUUUUGAAUUGGUUGCCAAAAAGAAUCACAAGUAUAUGUUGCGGUAUGUCAAGGAGGCCAAAGCCGAAACGGAUGUUCCUGAGAGUAUCGAUGAGUUUGUUUUGCAAAGACGUCGAUGGUUGAAUGGGUCAUUGUUUGCUGCAGCAUAUGCCGUUUUCCAUUGGACCAAGCUUUGGCGGUCAAACCAUUCGCUUCUUCGUAAAUUGUUUAUGCAGUUGGAAUUUUAUUAUCAAUUGGUUACGAUUUUAGUUUCGUGGUUCUCAUUGGCAUCAUUCUUUCUCGUAUUCAGGAUCUUGACUGCCAAUUUGGGGGCAGAUGAUAUGCAUUUCGAAACAGGAAAGUAUUUGGCGAUAAUUUUUCUAUGGAUAUAUGCUGGUUCAGUUGUUUGCACAUUUGUUUUAGCGUUUGGAAACACGCCUCGAGGUACUAGGAAAUUUUACCAAGUGAUUGCCUAUCUUUUUGCUAUCAUGAUGGCGUAUUUGAUAUUUGCUGCUAUUUUCCUAGCUGUACAUACCGCCCAGGCAAUCAUCAAGGACCAUAAAGACGACUUUACGGCGUCGAUGGUGUUUACCAAUACCAAGUUUAGAGAUUUGGUGGUUUCGGUGGUUUCGACAUACACGUUGUACUUUGUCGGGGCAUUCAUGUAUGGAGAACCAAGUUUUAUGUUUACGUCAUUUGCUCAGUAUGUGUUGCUAUCACCAACGUAUGUCAACGUGCUCAAUAUUUAUUCAUUCUGUAAUAUUCAUGAUGUGUCAUGGGGUACAAAGGGAGUCGAGCGAGCCAAAGAUUUGGGAUCGGCCAAAUCAAUGGGUGAAGACAAGAAUGACAUUUUAUUAAUUGCUCCGGAUACUAAUGAAGGGCUCGAAGAUACGUAUUUGGACAAAGUCGAGCAACUUCGGAGCAUGCCACCCGAAGAAGUCGAUAUUGUCAGCGCAAGACUGAUUAAGGAUGAUUCAUACUAUGCUUUUGUCCGUACAAUUGCCGUAUUGGUGUGGAUGCUCACCAAUGCCAUAUUGGUGGCUAUUGUGCUUGACGCUGCCGGAAUAGGGUUGCUUACCAAUCGGUCCUCUACAAACUCCGAUGGUUCUAUAUCAGGUAAUUCGGAGGUAUUUUUGACCAUCAUCUUGUGGAUUGUUGCUGGAAUGGCGGCAUUUAGAUUUGUUGGUGCGGUUAUUUAUUUGAUUUUGAAAGAGGUUAGGCCAUUGAAGUGGAAAUGGAGAGCGCUGAGGGAAAAUAAACGAAUUAGGAAUCAAGAUUGA